GAUAAAGGCGAUUGUGACGAGGCGCAUCUGAGAUAUUUCUAUGAUAAGCGCGCUGACGUGUGCAGAUUGUUCUACUACAGUGGUUGCAAUGGUAACUCGAACAACUUCGCCACCCAGUACGAGUGUGAACAACGCUGUAGGAAUGCACCAGUGCUGUGCGGUAAUCAAACCGACUCAUUCGGUUGCCCAGGUGGUUAUUACUGUCGUAUGGGACCACCGGAUGUUUGCUGCCCGAACGAUGAAAUAGAAGCGAUAUGCCCGGAUGGAUCAGAUCCGUUGCUGGAUCAAGAGACGGGUAUUCCAGUGAAAUGUGGUGCAGGAUUUGACGGUCAUUCGUUGUGUGCCAUCGGAUUUUAUUGUUCAAUCGACGCAGAACAUGGUUGGUUUUGUACUGCUCACUCUGAUCUGUUCACUCAAAUCAAAAUUCAAAGUUUCCACAAAGAAUGCACAUUGAAUGUGUGA